GCCGCGUGGAUGGUGAACUGACGCAUGCCGGCGCAUUUUAGCACCGCCGAUAUUUUUCCACCAACCCACAAACCUUCUCUCCAACCACAGGUCCACAAUACUCGAAACUCUAAUAAUUGUUCUUUCUCCUUCAAAUUUCCUCAUAGAAGAGAACAAAACAUAACGAUUAGUUUCAGCCCCGACGAAACGACACCGUCCUCAAAUAAAGCCCUAAUCUUUCAAUCAAGCCAAGCCAGGGGCUUGUUUGGCUAUCAAAAUUUCAAAUUCUCUCUUAUGGAUGACAUGGAAGACGAUGCAAGGUACCCUGCAAAGCCCUAUGCUUUAAACCCCUAUAACCCUUCUAAUCGCCCAAGAAAUCCCGUUCGCAAUACCCCUUUUUCUCACUCAAUCAACCGCUACGAAGUCGAAGACGACGAUGAAAACGACGACGAAUUCGACGAAGAAAACGACCAGCAAGAAGACGAGGACGACGAGGAAGACGAAAACCCAAAUGGGUAUUAUCGGAGUUUCGAAGAGGAUGGUGAAUUCGAUAGGCACCCGAAGAAGAGGAAGCUAAGGAAUUCCGGGUACGAGUUGGUGCCGAGGAUUGAUGCGAAAGCUUCUUACUCGGCGAGGAAUCCGAAGGCGGAGUGGACCGAGCACGCGGUGUUCGUGUUGUUGGAGGUGUGGGGGGAUAGGUUUCUUCAGCUGGGGAGGAAGAGCUUGAGGUCCGAGGACUGGAACGACGUCGCAGAGAAGGUCUCGGAGGCGUCGAAGAUGGAGAGGACCGAGGUGCAAUGUAGGACUAUGCUGGACAAGCUGAAGAGGAAGUACAAGAAAGAGAAGGCCAAAGUUGAGGAAAUGGGAUUGAAUUCUAGCAAAUGGGUCUACUUUAACAAGAUGGAUAUGUUAAUGGGCUCAUCGUCGGGGCAGGAUUUCGGGUUGGCGUGUGGGUUUGAUUCUGGGGAGUAUGUGUUUAUGAAUACUUUGGUUUAUUUGGAGAGGUCGAAUGGGUUUGAUGAGAUGAGGGAUAGUCCAGGGGAGUCGGAGAAUGAGGAGGAGGAGAAGGAGGAUGAGCUGCCGCCCAGGAGGACGGUGAGAGGUGGUGUGGAGGGGUCAUCUUCGUCGUAUCGGGUGUUGGCGGAUUCGAUUCAGAAGUUUGGGGAGAUAUAUGAGAAGAUUGAGAGUAGUAAGAGGCAGCAGAUGAUGGAGUUAGAGAAGAUGAGGUUGGAGUUCCAGAGGGAGUUGGAGCUACAGAAGAAGCAGAUUCUGGAGAGGGCGCAGGCGGAGAUUUCGAAAAUGCAGGAAGAGGAUGAUGACGAUGAGGAUUCAGAUGCUUCUGAAGAGAAUCUCAGUGAGUGAUGUUGGUGGGUGUUUCCCUGAACUUAGUUGGCCUGUUGAAUUGCUUGCUAUUGGAAGUUUUGUAUUCCUUUGUUUUUAUUUGUUAGUCUUCGUUGUACUUAUGAUAUUGUCUUAUUUUGCUAAUAGAGAUGAUCAAUUUGGAAAAAUUAUUGUAUUUGUUUCAUUCCCUUUUCUACAUCAAGUAUUGAUGAGCAACUUAUUGGUCA